AUGGCUCAGCUAUAUUACAAAAAGGUGAACUAUUCGCCCUACAGAGAUCGGAUCCCGUUGCAGAUUGUCCGGGCCGAAGCCGAGCUUUCCUUGGAGGAGAAGGCCUACCUCAUUGCUGUGGAGAAGGGGGACUAUGCCAGCGUGAAGCAUGCCUUGGAAGAGGCAGAGAUCUACUACAACAUCAACAUUAACUGCAUGGAUCCUCUUGGACGCAGCGCCCUUUUAAUAGCCAUAGAGAACGAAAACCUGGAGAUCAUGGAGUUGCUGUUGAGCCACAACAUCUACGUGGGGGAUGCUCUCUUGUAUGCAAUACGGAAGGAAGUGGUGGGGGCUGUGGAGCUCCUCCUGAACUACAGGAAACCGAGUGGGGAGAAACAGGUCCCCACUCUGAUGAUGGACACUCAGUUUUCAGAAUUCACCCCUGACAUCACCCCUAUCAUGCUGGCUGCUCACACCAACAACUACGAAAUCAUCAAGCUGCUAGUCCAAAGACGGGUCACGAUCCCGCGCCCGCACCAGAUCAGAUGCAACUGUGUGGAAUGCGUCUCCAGUUCCGAGGUGGACAGCCUGAGGCAUUCCAGGUCAAGGCUGAACAUUUACAAAGCUUUGGCCAGCCCAUCGUUGAUUGCCUUAUCUAGCGAAGACCCUAUCCUGACAGCCUUCCGGCUGGGCUGGGAGCUGAAAGAGCUCAGCAAAGUGGAGAACGAGUUCAAGGCGGAAUACGAGGAGCUUUCGCAGCAGUGCAAACGCUUUGCCAAGGACCUUCUGGAUCAGGCCCGGAGCUCCAGGGAGCUGGAGAUCAUUCUGAACCACAGGGAUGAUCAGAGCGAGGAGCUGGACCCCCAAAAAUCUCAUGAUUUGGCAAAGCUAAAGGUAGCAAUAAAGUAUCACCAGAAAGAGUUUGUUGCCCAGCCCAACUGCCAGCAGCUGCUGGCCACCCUCUGGUACGACGGUUUCCCCGGAUGGCGGCGGAAGCACUGGGCGGUGAAGCUCUUGACCUGCAUCACCAUCGGGCUGCUGUUCCCCGUCCUUUCCGUGGCCUACUUGUUCGCCCCCAAGAGCAGGCUGGGACUGUUCAUUAAGAAGCCAUUCAUCAAGUUCAUCUGCCACACGGGCUCCUACCUGACGUUCCUCUUCAUGCUGCUCCUGGCCUCGCAGCACAUCGUCAGGACCGACCUGCACAUGCAGGGGCCUCCUCCCACCGUCGUCGAGUGGAUGAUCCUCCCCUGGGUUCUAGGUUUUAUUUGGGGAGAAAUCAAGGAAAUGUGGGAUGGAGGCUUCACCGAGUAUGUGCAUGACUGGUGGAACCUGAUGGAUUUUGCAAUGAAUUCCCUCUACCUGGCAACCAUCUCCCUGAAAAUUGUCGCAUACGUCAAGUACAAUGGUUCCCGUCCAAGGGAGGAAUGGGAAAUGUGGCACCCCACUCUCAUUGCAGAAGCCCUCUUUGCAAUAUCAAACAUUUUAAGCUCCUUGCGUCUCAUCUCCCUGUUUACAGCAAACUCUCACCUGGGACCCCUGCAGAUCUCUCUGGGACGCAUGCUGCUAGACAUCCUCAAGUUCCUCUUUAUUUACUGCCUGGUGCUGCUGGCAUUUGCAAAUGGACUCAACCAGCUUUAUUUCUAUUAUGAAACCAGUGCCUCGGAAGAACCCAACAACUGCAAGGGGAUCCGAUGCGAGAAGCAGAAUAAUGCCUUCUCCACGCUCUUUGAAACUCUACAGUCUCUCUUCUGGUCUGUGUUCGGUCUGUUGAACCUCUACGUCACAAACGUGAAAGCCAGACACGAAUUCACCGAGUUUGUCGGGGCGACCAUGUUCGGCACUUACAACGUCAUCUCCCUGGUGGUCUUGCUGAACAUGCUCAUAGCAAUGAUGAACAACUCCUACCAGCUCAUAGCAGAUCAUGCUGAUAUCGAAUGGAAGUUUGCCCGCACAAAGCUCUGGAUGAGCUACUUCGACGAAGGGGGCACUCUGCCGCCCCCUUUUAACAUCAUCCCCAGCCCCAAAUCGUUCUGGUAUCUCUGCAAGUGGAUCCACAAGAGGCUGUGCCCGUCAAUGGACCCAGAGAAUGAAGAAAAGAGGCAUGAAAACCUGAAGACGUUCACGGAACGUCAUGCCGAUAACUUAAUUCAGAACCAACAUUACCAGGAAGUGAUUAGAAACUUGGUGAAGAGGUAUGUUGCAGCAAUGAUAAGAAAUUCUAAAACCAACGAGGGAUUAACAGAAGAAAAUUUUAAGGAACUAAAGCAGGACAUCUCAAGUUUCCGUUAUGAAGUCCUUGAUCUCUUGGGCAACCGAAAACCCCAGAGGAGAAGUUACUCCACCAGCAGCACAGAGGUCUCCCAGAAGGAGGAAGGAGAGGAGUGUGUUGGAGAAACAUCCAAAGCCAGGAGUGUUUCUUUCGGUGUUUCCAACAAAAAGAAGGACUUUAACGUUUCCGCUCUGAUUAAGACUAUGGGUGGGAUGGACAUGGUGACGGAGAGACCCAAGAGCAACGGGAUAAACAAGCGCUCGUUUGUUCGCAAUGGGAAUCGGGUUCAACGGCUCUCCAGCUCCAAGAAAGAGUCCUUCAAGAGACUAGGCCUCCUGUUCUCCAAGAUGAAUGGUCAUCUAGCGGAGCCAAAUUCAGAGCCCAUGUACACCAUUUCGGAUGGGGUCAUCCAGCCACAUUACAUGUGGCAAGACAUUAAAUAUUCUCAGAUGGCUAAAGAGCGAGAUGAGAACUGUUCCAAAAGUGAAAUUAACCUCAAUGAGGUGGAAUACAGUAGGAACAUCAGGCAUACGGGACAGAGCCCGUGCCCCGUGGUUUGUACCAGCUCCCUUCACUGUGCUUCCAGUAUCUGCUCCUCAAACUCCAAACUCAUAGACUCCUCUGAGGACGUUUUUGACUCAUGGGGAGAUGCUUGUGAUAUUUUUAGGAACCAAUGGAAAGACGGGCAGGAGGAACACGUUACCACUCGCCUAUAAGUAGAGCUAUUCAGUAACUUGCUGUAGACCAUAAUUAAUACUGGAAACUGUUUGCUAUCAC